GAUGGGCCCCGCGGGAGGCGCGACGAGGCCCGGGCGCUUCUUCGGCGUCUACCUGCUCUAUUGCCUGAACCCUAGGCACCGAGGCCGGGUCUACGUGGGGUUCACUGUCAACCCUGCUCGUCGGGUCCAGCAGCACAACGGGGGCCGCAGAAAAGGCGGGGCUUGGCGGACCAGCGGGCGUGGGCCUUGGGAGAUGGUGCUUAUCCUGCACGGCUUCCCUUCCUCUGUGGCUGCCCUUCGGUUUGAGUGGGCCUGGCAGCACCCGCAUGCCUCACGCCGCCUGGCACACGUGGCUCCACGCCUGCGCAGUGAGGGAGCCUUCGCUUUCCACCUGCGCGUGCUGGCCCACAUGCUCCGCGUGCCGCCUUGGGCCCGCCUCCCGCUCACCCUGCGCUGGCUGCGGGCUGACUUCCGCCAGGAGCUCUGCCCACCACCGCCGCCACACGUGCCACUAGCCUUCGGGCCUCUGUCACCCCGAGUUUUGGCCUCCAAUCGCCGGACCAAUCUCUUUGCUGACACAGAGCCCCAGCCAGCCCAGGACGCCGAGGCCCCCUGCACCCUUUGUGCGCGUGCACUCCAGGAUGAAGAAGGCCCCCUGUGUUGCCCCCACCCUGGCUGUUCCCUAAGAGCCCACAUGAUCUGCCUGGCACAGGAGUUCCUGCAAGAGGAGCCAGGGCAGCUUCUGCCCCUAGAGGGCCAGUGCCCUGGCUGUAAGAAUUCACUGCUGUGGGGAGACCUGGUCUGGCUGUGCCAGAUGGGCACCGAGGAGGAAGAGGAGGACUUGGAAUUAGAAGAGGAGCACUGGACAGACAUGCUGGAGAUCUGAUCAUCAGCAUCCCUGCCCCUCCGUCUGUUCCUUUUCUGUAACACUUCCUUUUGGUCUGGGCAGUUUUUACUUGAGUACAAUAAAAAGUCUGAGUUAA